AUGGCCCAUUUCCGUCACAUUCACGAUCUUCCCGAUGAGCUACUGAGCGAAGUGUUGUAUUUCCUGGUGCUAUCUCAAUCUAAACCCGAGCCUGGAGUCCGUGCAAUAAAUCGCGGCAGCUAUAAGAAUCGUCAAUCAUUUGGGUUUGGAGAAACUUCGGAUCUCGAUCGAUUCCGACUCGUUUGUACCCGAUUCAUGCGGAUCGCCACCCCGCGCAAGUUUUCGCACUUCAACCUGCGCUUCUCUGAGAAGGGAUUUCGACGGCUGGACGAGCUUCUCCAGAUGCAGUUGGCCUGCUAUGUCAAAUCCAUGACCUAUCUGGUGCGACCUUUCUAUCAAGGCAAUGGCCUGGCGCCGAUGCUUCACUCGUUCGGCACGAAACAUCCAGCCCUCGCAAAAGUACAUCGUGGUCGUCUACGAGAGCAAAUAGACCUGGUCAGCAAUGGUACCGAUCUAUCACAGCUUCGCACGGCGAUCGCCUCGUUCUCCGCACUUCAACAACUCAAACUCCUCCGUGUGCAAGAUGGAGCAGAUGAAAUACUGCUUGAUUUCGUCGACGAUUACGACCUCAUAAAUGAGACUGCCAAUUCCCAAGAUACUACUCACUUUAGCUUUGAAUAUGCAUGUGCACGUGCAAUAAGAAACCUCGGAAUUUCACUAGUAGAGUCCCAACGGACAUCUAUCCGCUUCAUAGGGCACCAAAUUAACCCUGAAGCAACCCUCCAACUUCUCCAUGUUCCCUCGACAGCCCUCGCUGCUGUGGGACCCCGGAUCACAAGUCUCGACAUUAACUUCCACUGCGAAUCAGACAUUUCGCCCAUAAUGACGGAACUGUCAGAUGUUUUUAAAAACUUUUUCCUUGAAGCAAAAAACCUCGUCGCAAUCCACAUUGGCUUUCUCCCAGAACACCCCUUCUCCAUCACUCUCGACACAAUAUUCCACGGCUUUCAUUGGAAAACCCUCCGUAUGCUUAGUCUGCAAGGCUGGUACCUUACCCCCGAGGAUCUCAUUUUACUGCUCCGUCGCCACCACGCACACCUCCGUGCUCUUCACCUAGCAUUGAUCUCCCUUCGAGCUGGAAAAUGGGCCUCGGUACUGAACGUCCUACGCCACGAAAUGCAACGUCUAGAUCGCCUCGAGUUGAGGCAAAUUCGGUACGACAAAAGCUUUAUUUCCAACGACGCGGAAAUCAUCGAACCUGUUCCGCUCCCACCACACUCUUCCUCGUCAAAAGUCCAGUGGUUAUCGGCGGAUGAGUUAGGUGACGAUGGCGUUCAUGUCAGGAGGGGUCAGGAGCGGCUUUGGGAGACGUGGGUUCUAACUGGGAGGUGGCAAAAUGAGCGAGGGCAGGUUUCAAAUGGAUAUCAGAAUGGAUAUCAGAAUGGAUAUCAGAAUGGAAAUGGGAAUGGAUAUGGGAAUGGACACGAGAAUAGGGCUAUAAAUACGACGGAAUCGCCUUAA